GAAGAUAGUUACCAUGGAGUUGCGCUAAGUAACCAUCAGGCAGUGGGACGCGAGACCGGAGGGGAACAAUCCCUGAACCCAGUGGAAUGAAUCCCCAAUGGUGGAGUUUCAGGCUUCAGUGACAGGCGGAACCCAGACUCCCAGGGCCCAUGCUUCCACCUGAUGAACGAUGGCCUGAACUAUGAGCAAACGGGACUGUUUGAACACUUCGGUGCAGGAGCCUCCUCUUGACUACUCCUUCAAAAGCAUCCACGUGAUCCAAGAUCUGGUAAGCGAGGAGCCAAGGACAGGUCUACGACCAGUGAAGCACUCAAAGUCAGGAAAGUCACUGACCCAGUCCCUGUGGCUCAACAACAAUGUCCUCAAUGAUCUAAAAGACUUCAGCCAGGUGGUUUCACAGCUUCUGCAGCAUCCAGAGAACCUGGCCUGGAUUGACCUCUCCUUCAAUGACCUGACUUCCAUUGACCCUGUCCUAACAACAUUCUUCAACCUAAGUGUCCUCUACCUUCACGGCAACAGCAUCAUUCGCCUAGGGGAGGUGAAUAAGCUAUCUGUCCUCCCUCGUCUCCGAAGCCUGACUCUCCAUGGGAACCCCAUAGAGGAAGAAAAGGGGUACAGGCAGUAUGUGCUGUGCAGCCUGCCCCGCAUCACCACAUUCGACUUCAGUGGGGUCACCAAGGCAGACCGCACCACAGCCGAGGUCUGGAAACGCAUGAACAUCAAGCCCAAGAAGGUCCGGAUCAAGCAGGAUGUACUCUGAGAUUCGAAGGACCCCUGCACACCUAAUGCCCUGAGGAUGAUCAGCUU